AUGGAUGCCCAGCCUCAAAUCGACAUCUCCAAGCUCAGCGACGCGGACAAGAGAGAAUUGAACCAGUUUCUGGAAAACGAAGCCCAGAAGACCAACAUCCAGCAAACCGUCCACCAUCUUGCCGAUGUCUGCUGGAAGAAAUGCAUUACGGGGAAAAUAACUUCGGGUCGUCUGGAUCGCACAGAGGAGUCCUGCGCGCAGAACUGUGUUGAGAGGUGGAUGGAUACAAAUUUAUCUGUGUUGAAGCAUCUGGAAGCACUCCGGGGACGCUAA